CGUUUCAAAUUCUAAAGAAAUCCCAGUAAUCGACGAGCUCUUCGGGUGACCAGACGUCCUCAAACGGGUGACAAAGUACGAAAAGAAACUCGAGAACACAAAAGUGAAACAAGAGUGAGAGUGACAUGGACACGGAGUUCUCCUCAUGGCUGGCCACCCUGCUGGUGCCGGGCCUACUCAUCCUGGUGAUUUUGUAUCUGUGCGAGCACCAGUACGAUGAUAUUUUGGGUGUGGCGCCUCCAGGGCCCUGGGGCCUGCCCUUUCUCGGCUAUUUGCCCUUCUUGGAUGCGAAGAGACCGCACAAGUCCCUUCAGAAGCUGGCCCAGAGAUACGGGGGUAUCUACCAGCUCAAAAUGGGCAGUGUCCGGGCGGUGAUCCUGUCGGAUGUGGCCCUCGUUCGGGACUUUUUCCGCCACGAGGAAAUGGCCGCCCGGGCGCCACUCUACCUCACUCACGGCAUCAUGGGCGGUUAUGGCAUUAUCUGCGCCCAGGGAGCGCUCUGGAAUCACGCCCGUCGCGAGGUCAUUGCUUGGCUCAAGGCCCUGGGAAUGACCAAACGCCCCGGGGAAUUGCGCGAUAACCUUGAGAGGCGUAUAGCCAGGGGAGUGGACGAGUGCGUUCAAAUCUAUGAGGCUGAGGCAGAGAAGUGUCCCGAAUCUGAAUUCGAUCCUCUAGGUGGACUAUUUCAUACCCUAGGAAACAUCAUCAACGAUCUGGUGUUCGGAAUAACCUACAAGCGGAAUGAUCCCGACUGGCUGUACCUGCAGAAGCUGCAGGAGGAGGGCGUCAAAAUGAUCGGGGUGUCCGGCGUGGUGAACUUCCUGCCCUGGCUGAGGCAUCUGCCGGAAAACAAGCGGAAUAUACAAUUCCUACUGGAGGGCAAGGCCAAGACCCACGCCAUCUACGACCGGAUUGUGGCCUCCUGCAAGGAGAAGCUCAACGAGAAGCUGGCGAGGCACAGGGAGCAGCAGGAGCUACUGCGCCAGGAGAGGCGCAGAGCCCAAAUGGAGCUGGGACAGUCGAGGGAGCAGGCAGAGGAUGAGGAGGACCACGAAGGAGGCCAACAAGUCGGAGAUAUUCCAGAGGAAGAGGAGCAUCAGGAGGAAGACGGCGAAAUGGUGUUGCCUUUUCCAGACGAACAUGAAGCGGAAGAUCGCCAAGACGGUGAAGAGGCUUCAGAGGAGGACGAAAACGAGGAAGAGUAUGACGAUGAGGAGGAGGAUGAGGACGAUCAGGACGAGGAAUACGAGCCCUAUUGCAUGUUGGAGCACUUUCUCAUAAGCAAGAUUCCCAUGUCGCAGCUGUACUGCGACGAUCAGCUGCGUCAUCUGAUGGCCGACCUCUUUGGAGCCGGCGUGGACACCGCCCUGGCGACACUCAGAUGGUUCCUGCUCUACAUGGCCCGCGAACAGGCUUGUCAGCGCCGUCUGCACGAGCUCCUGCUGCCCCUGUCGCGUUCACCAGGACUGGAGGAGCUGGAACCCCUGGCCUACCUGCGUGCCUGCAUCUCGGAGACCCAGCGCAUCCGCAGCGUUGUGCCCCUCGGAAUUCCGCACGGUUGCGAGAGAGACUUUACCGUUGGGGAUUAUCGCAUACGUGGCGGCUCGAUGAUCGUCUCCCUGCAGUGGGCCAUUCACAUGGAUCCGGUUGCUUUUCCCGACCCGGAACAGUUCCGGCCCGACCGCUUCCUGGACGAGACCGGCGCCUAUGUGGCUCCGCCGCAAUUUAUUCCCUUCCAAACGGGCAAGCGGAUGUGUCCCGGCGAUGAGCUGGCCCGCAUGAUGUUGACCCUUUUUGCCGGCCGUAUCCUGAGGCGAUUCCAUUUGGAGUUAGCUGACGGCUGUGAGGUGGACAUGAAUGGGGAGAGUGGCAUCACCCUGACACCGGAGCCCUAUAAACUACGCUUCAAUAAGCUGCCCUUAUUGUACAUGCGCGAAAAUCCUAAGGAUCCAGAUGGUUCAGAUCUGGAUUAAUUUAUUUACUGUGGAUUUGCCUUUUUUUCAUUUUUUUUUUUUAGUUUUCUUUAUAAAAUAUAUUUGUAAAAUUGCGUGGAAUGGUGGAA